AUUCACAACCAGCACUAGAGAAUGUAGCAAUCGAGUCACAACCAGCACUAGAGAAUGUAGCGAUCGGUAAGACAGCAACGCAAAGUAGCGAUUGGUCGGCUUCUUACCCGGCAAGCAAUGCUGUGGAUGGUAAUACAAACACAAAUUGGAAUAGUGGCAGCUGUACCAGCACCAAAGACAACCAAAAUGCCUGGUGGAAAGUAGAUCUUGGUGGGAAUUACCUUGUUCAUGAAGUAAUUGUUACUAAUCGUCUAGAUUGUUGUGAAACCCGUAUUUUGAAUGCUGAAAUUCGAGUUGGUUUGUCAGAUGAUAUAUCACAAAAUAGUCAAUGUGGUGAAAAGAUAACUUCAAGUCAAACCAGUCAGGCAAACAUUCAUAUCCAAUGUAGCAGUCCAAUCGUUGGGCGUUAUGUCAGUAUGCACCUGGUAGAUAGAUCUGACCUUCUCAACUUUUGUGAAAUGCAGGUCAUGGCUGAAGAGUCACAACCAGCACUAGAGAAUGUAGCGAUCGGUAAGACAGCAACGCAAAGUAGCGAUUGGUCGGCUUCUUACCCGGCAACCAAUGCUGUGGAUGGUAAUACAAAGACAAAUUGGAAUAGUGGCAGCUGUACCAGCACCAAAGACAACCAAAAUGCCUGGUGGAAAGUGGAUCUUGGUGGGAAUUACCUUGUUCAUGAAGUAAUUGUUACUAAUCGACUAGAUUGCUGUGAAACCCGUAUUUUGAAUGCUGAAAUUCGAGUUGGUUUGUCAGAUGAUAUAUCACAAAAUAGUCAAUGUGGUGAAAAGAUAACUUCAAGUCAAACCAGUCAGGCAAACAUUCAUAUCCAAUGUAGCAGUCCAAUCGUUGGGCGUUAUGUCAGUAUGCAGCUGGUAGAUAGAUCUGACCUUCUCAACUUUUGUGAAAUGCAGGUCAUGGCUGAAGAGUCACAACCAGCACUAGAGAAUGUAGCGAUCGGUAAGACAGCAACGCAAAGUAGCGAUUGGUCGGCUUCUUACCCGGCAAGCAAUGCUGUGGAUGGUAAUACAAACACAAAUUGGAAUAGUGGCAGCUGUACCAGCACCAAAGACAACCAAAAUGCCUGGUGGAAAGUGGAUCUUGGUGGGAAUUACCUUGUUCAUGAAGUAAUUGUUACUAAUCGACUAGAUUGCUGUGAAAUCCGUAUUUUGAAUGCUGAAAUUCGAGUUGGUUUGUCAGAUGAUAUAUCAGAAAAUAGUCAAUGUGGUGAAAAAAUAACUUCAAGUCAAACCAGUCAGGCAAACAUUCAUAUCCAAUGUAGCAGUCCAAUCGUCGGGCGUUACGUCAGUAUGCAGCUGGUAGAUAGAUCUGACCUUCUCAACUUUUGUGAAAUGCAGGUCAUGGCUGAAGAGUCACAACCAGCACUAGAGAAUGUAGCGAUCGGUAAGACAGCAACGCAAAGUAGCGAUUGGUCGGCUUCUUACCCGGCAAGCAAUGCUGUGGAUGGUAAUACAAACACAAAUUGGAAUAGUGGCAGCUGUACCAGCACCAAAGACAACCAAAAUGCCUGGUGGAAAGUGGAUCUUGGUGGGAAUUACCUUGUUCAUGAAGUAAUUGUUACUAAUCGACUAGAUUGCUGUG